UUGGUUUGUUGACAGGAAGUGUGUGAGGAGGAAUCCCCAUCGUACGAGCCGCCUGCCUGUAGUUUAGCCAGACAAACAGCGGUCUAAGUGUUCGGAAACAUCUCGGAGGUAAUGAGGACUUCGAUUAUGUGCUUUAAGAUCGACGUGGGGCAAAGAUGCAAUGGAGGUCAAUAGUAGUUGGUCUGGUGUUCCUGAGACUCUCUGUAAACUGGGUUCUUUGGCUAGCCUUCGGGUUGGGACUUGACGUUAGCUCUGGAUUCAACUUCCACCUCGGUUUUAAUUUGCACAAAUUAGACUUGCUGUUUAGGGAGGAAAAGGGGGCCGACUCGAUCACUAGCACUUGGUCUCAACGAAUCCAGGGCCACAAGUAUGAAGAGACGGCGUCCACCUGUGCGAAGAUCGGGGAGGAUUCCCCCAGGAGGUCUUACAUGAACCUCUUCGAUGGCAACAGGGACGAGUACGUCCGGAGGUACAGCUCCUUCCCAGACUCGCUGAGGGCAAAAAUGAAAGACAUGGCUAAAGAAAUGUUCUACUUUGGAUACGAGAACUACAUGACAUAUGCCUUUCCAGAGGACGAGCUUAAUCCCAUCGAUUGUGAGGGGAGAGGUCCAGACGUGCUGAACCCGUCGAACAUCAACAUUAAUGACGUCUUGGGGAACUAUUCACUAACACUCAUUGACACCUUAGACACCCUACUAGUGCUUGGCAAUGUGACAGAGUUCCAGAGAGCCGUCAGACUGGUUAUAGAUACCGUGUCUUUUGAUAAGGACUCAACAGUGCAAGUCUUCGAGGCAAACAUCAGAAUCCUUGGAAGCCUUAUCUCAGCACAUAUUCUGCUGACUGACCCGAAACACCCAUUUGGAGAGGUGGGCUUCAAAGAUUAUGAUAACGAGCUUCUGCAUCUGGCUCACGACCUGGCUGUGCGCUUGCUCCCUGCUUUCGAGAACACCAGCACGGGCAUUCCUUACCCCAGGGUGAACCUGAAGACCGGGGUUCCUCAGGACAGCGUCAAUGAGACGUGCACUGCAGGAGCUGGGUCCCUACUGGUGGAGUUCGGCAUUCUCAGCCGCCUGAUUGGGGAUUCAACGUUUGAAUGGGUGGCGAGGCGAGCCGUCAGAGCUCUGUGGAAUCUGAGAAGCAACAAAACUGGUCUGUUGGGAAAUGUUAUUAAUAUCCAAACAGGCCAGUGGGUCGGCAAGCAAAGUGGUCUUGGAGCUGGAAUGGACUCUUUUUAUGAGUAUUUGCUUAAAUCGUACAUCCUUUUUGGUGAGAACGAGGACUACCGGAUGUUUAAAGCUGCUUAUGAAAGCAUCCAGAACCACCUGAGAAGAGGGCGAGAGUCUUGCAAUGAAGGCGAGGGUGACCCACCUCUCUAUGUUAAUGUGAACAUGUUUAGCGGUGAGAUAAUGAACACUUGGAUCGACUCCCUUCAGGCCUUUUUUCCUGGGCUGCAGGUUCUGAAUGGGGAUAUUGAUGAUGCCAUUUGCCUGCACGCCUUCUACUAUGCCAUCUGGAAGCGCUUUGGGGCUCUGCCGGAGAGAUAUAACUGGCAACUGAAGGCUCCCGAUGUGUUAUUUUACCCUUUAAGACCAGAGCUUGUGGAGUCGACCUACCUGCUGUACCAGGCGACAAAAAAUCCUUUCUAUUUGCAUGUUGGAAUGGAUAUCCUCCAGAGCCUUGAAAAAAAUGCUAAAGUCAGGUGCGGAUAUGCCACACUCCACCAUGUUGUGGAGAAAUCCAAAGAAGAUCGCAUGGAAAGCUUUUUCCUCAGUGAAACCUGCAAAUACCUUUAUCUUCUGUUUGACGAGAACAACCCACUGCACCAGUCCGAUAACAAGUACAUCUUCACUACAGAAGGUCAUGUUGUGCCAAUAGACAAGCGCUUCAGGGAAAAACAGUGGAACGAUUUGUCUCCAUGCGAAGAGGGAGUGCUGGCAGAACCAGAACCGAACAACCAGUUGCCUCCAAGCAACAUCAGUAACUGUAACAGAAUUCCAGAGGAGCGCCGGUAUGCUCUGCCAUUAAAGAGUGUCUACAUGAGGCAGAUUGAUCAUAUGGUGGGACUUUUUUGAGGAAAAAGAAGAAAUGUGGUGAAGGUGGUUUUAGAAGACUUGAGAGGAGGACCUUCUGUGCAUCAUGUCUGGGAAGCAGGAAACAGACUCUAAUGCAUCCUGAGAAGAGAAUUUUAUUACUUACUAUAUUAAAGAAAAGGUUUUUGGUUGUGGAGCAUGGCGCCACCAAAGGUGACAACUCUCAGGUCAAGAAAAUCAGUUUUCACUCUCAACCGAGAUUAAGAGGGUUUUAAACCAACCAAGGUAUCUGGUCCAGUAUUUGUUGAUAAACAUUGCAUGUAUGUGUGUGUUUGAAACUACAGCAGAGCUGUGAGUUGUGACAAAAAUAAUCUGACAAUGGGAUGUGUGCCAUCAGUCUCACAUUAAUUCAGCACAUAGCCUAUAAAAAAUGUUGACCUUUAAGAAAACCAAUCCCCAAACCUGAGAAUAAGUGCCUCUUUUGAAGUUGAUAUACUUGAUUAGAUCAGUGCUUUUAUAUGAGGGCUACAAGGACAGUUUUUAAAAGGCUUAAAACAGCUGCUUUUCACUCCAGAUAUCUUUCACUCAUAAACAGCAUUACUGCAAAGUUUUGGUUUUGUUUCUCAAAAUUACCGAGUAAAAUUUUAAAAGCAGAGAUGCACCGAUCUGAAUCUAAUGGCAAAGUGCUGGGCUGUGAUACUGAUUUUAGCCAAUUCUAAUUUCUCUUUAAGAACUAUAAAAUAAAAAUAGUUGAAAAAGCAUUCUUUUUUCCCUAACUAUCUGCUGUGAGAAGUCAUUAAUUAUUUAUGUUCGGAGCAAAUGUGAAAUCACAGUUCGGGCGUGAGAGAGCAGUCACUGUAAAACAGUGUUCUGUAAUCUUAUAAUGGCAGCAUGGCUACCAUUACUAAAACAGUAUUCUCUGAGUGUUUUCUAGAGAGUGUACUUUAACUCUUAGAUUUCCAAAAUGCAGCAAAAAUGUCCAAAUCUAGCUUGUUUCAUGGCACUUGGAGGUAAAAGGCUCCAGAGGAUAAUCAUAGCAACUUUGUGGUACUCUGUUCAGGCUUCCUGUUAUCAGCUGAAUGUUUUGCUCUCUCCCACAGCCUGAAUGAACCACAGUUCUGUCCCAGCAUGUCAUGCAAAAUAGUUUAGUUUUUAAAUAGCUUUUUAUACGUUUUGUACUUCCGCCGACUUCAUUUUUAUUCACCUAAUGAAGUUCUUUACUCUAUAAUACCAUGUACACAGAGAGAGUUCGGAAAAAGAUCUGGUUUUUGAAUUUCCGACCUGCUAAUCACCAGCCAGAGCUGCAAAAUUGUCCGAUAUCGGUCACCAAUCAAUUUCUUGAUGAAUCUCUACUAAAAUGCUAAUGCAUAUCUAGUCAGGAACAGAAAGUCUGAAGAGUAAACUAUGUCUUGCCUUUGACACGUCUGAUUAUACUGAGAAAAUCAAGUGUUUAUCUUGCAAGCUUUUAAUGACUAUGUCUUGGAAAAGGCAAAUAGAUGCUGAAUUGUGAGGUACAUUCUGAUGUGUACCUCUCAUCAGAGUGAGGUUCAGGGAUGACUCUUUAAGUGCCUUAUAUUUGUCUAAGUAUUUCCGGAAGUUAUAUGGACAGUUUUGAUAUUGCACAAAUGUUUCAUUCCAUGUUUAUCUGCAGUUUUUCUUUUUAUCCAUCACAAGCCAUAAAAUGUUUUUUUUUUUUUAUGCUAAGUUUAUAUUUGUGAUAAUUCUGCUGCAUUGUUUAUGAUUUGUACUUGUACAGAAGAGACUGAAGCUGUUUCUUUUAGUGCACAUCAUAGGUGGUUAAAAACUCAGGGUUUAAUAGAAAUACAAAAAUCAGUGAAUGAUUUUGUAAGAAAUAAAAUUGUAAUGUUGCCUACUA